AUGAAAUUGAUAAACUUGGUGAGGGUGGCUUUGGACAGUCUUGUGAAACUUCGGUCAGAGUUUGUGAUUCAAUACUACUAUUCAUGGAUUGAUAAGAAAGACAAUUAUCUUAACAUUCAAAUGGAGUUAUGUUUCGAUAAUUUAACAAAUGUUUUGAAAAAUAUGAAAUCAUUGGUUAAAGAAAUGAAUAUUACUCAGUUUUAUAUAUUCUAUCAUAUAUUUCGUGAACUCACAGAAUGUGUGCAAUAUUUGCAUCAAAAGAAUAUCAUUCAUAGAGACCUCAAACCGGAUAAUGUGUUGAUUUCAAUGGACGGAGAGAUAAAGUUAUGUGACUUUGGUUUGGCUAAAGAGGUCCGAAAUUGUGAUCUAUUUCUUAUGUCUAAACCAAUACAUACGGCAGAUGUCGGGGAUCUGUCAUAUCAGGCACCGGAAGUAAAUUCAGAUCCAACUGAUUACGACCAUAAGAUAGAUAUCUACAGUCUAUCCCUAAUUGUGGCUCAAAUUUUUGGGUUCGAUACAAACGAUAUAAAGAACGAGGUUAAUACCGGACCUGAGAAUUAA